AUGCAUGCAAGCCGCAGAAACCGACAGCUCACAGCGCAGCAACAGCGACCGACUUACCUCGCCUGCGUUCUGUCUGACCAAUGCUUUCCGUCGGUUGCCGAGCUCUCGACCGUCUUUCAGCCUGCCUCGGCGUACACCUUGCAAAUCUGCACGGGACGUAUGCGCAACCUUCGCAUCGAUGAAUCGAAAGUGACGUCGGUGACAGUCACAGAAGCAAAAGACAUUUUCGAUACCUACAAGCUCAGCCGCAUCACCUUCUCCCAUCUCUUGCUGUCAAAUCUCACAACAAUGGCAUUCCAGACGCUUCUUUCGGCCGUCACCGCUGCGUUGGUGUGCGCUUCGUCGAUUCAGGCCUACGUCUUGCCAUUCCAGGCCAACACUGAACAGUCUGUAGGGGACCUCGCCACUGCUCAGGCCUUUCGUCUGGCCGGUCGUUCGAUCAACGACCUCUCGCAAGGCUCGGUCUCCGUCCCCGUCUACAAGAGGCAUGGACUUCACCCGGACAUCACCAAGCGCGAUCCCGAGAUCACCAAAAAAUGGGCUCUGCGACAGGCCGAAGUCAUGAAGAGCAAAUACGGCGCCGCGAACUCAAAUCAGAAGCGUCAGACCAUCGGAUUGACCGACGUGGGUCCCGACAGUUACUAUUUUGCCCAAGUGUCGGUCGGAACCCCGGCACAGAACUUCAACGUCGUCCUCGACACCGGCUCAGCCGACUUUUGGCUCGUCGACUCGGACUGCGGUACCGCCCAAAACUGCGACUCUGAUCUGAACAAGUACAACACGCGCGCCUCCUCCACCAACAUUGGCUCCUCCACCCCCUUCUCCAUCACUUACGGAACCGGUGCUGUCCGAGGUGUCCUCGCUGCCGACAAAGUGUCGUUGGCCGGCUACACGGUCAACAACCUCACCUUUGCUGAGGCCAAUGCCGUCGCUGCCAACACGGUCGAGUACCCCACCUCGGGCAUCAUGGGUAUGGGCUUCCAGUCUCUCUCCACUAGCGGCGCGACUCCCUUCUGGCAAGUGCUCGGUAAGCAAGGCGUGCUCCAGACCAACGCCUUCACCUUCCAGCUCGCGCGGAACAUCGACAACAUCAACCCCAACGACCCCAACAUCAACGACAUCCAGAGCCCCGGAGGCGUCUUUACGCUCGGCAGGAUCGACAGCAACCAGUACAACGGCGACAUUACCUACACCAGCAUCCCCAACAACCUGCAGAACCAGCAAGGUUUGGGUUACUGGACCAUCCCUCUCGACGGCAUCACCGUCAACGGUCAGUCCGCCAACAUCGGCAACGGCCCUCUCGCCGCCAUCGAUACGGGCACCACGCUCAUCGGCGGUCCGUCCGCCUCGAUCCGCGCCUUCUACUCGCAGAUCAGCGGCGCCCGUUCGGCCAGCAGCGCCGGCAUGUCCGGCUACUACCUCUUCCCGUGCAGCACCAACCUCAACAUCCAGAUGACGUUCGGCGGCAAGAGCUGGUCAAUGAAUGCGCAGGACUUCAACCUGGGUCCCUACCCGUACACCAACUCGCAGACCUGCCUCGGUGCGCUGUUCGAGAUCGAUCUCGGCUCGAGCGCAUACGGCGUUCCUCAGUGGAUCGUCGGCGAUUCGUUCCUUAAGAACGUCUUCUCGGUGUUUGACGGUACCGGAAGGGUUGGGUUUGCCAGCCUGAAGGGUAGCGAGGCGCAGAUUGUCACGGUCACGUCGAACGCCGUUUCUUCGCAGACGCCGCAGUCGAGCUCGAGUGGCGCCAGCUCGAUGGGUGGUGGAGCCGGAGGCGGUCUUCCUCUUCCUACCGGUAGUACCUCGUUCGCAUCGCAGGCUACGGCGACGGGCGUGUUUGGCGGUGGAAGCUUGCCCGUCCCUUCGGCAAGUAGCGCCGUAGCUACAUCGAACCCUUCGCUCACCGCUGGGUCCAGCAACAGCGGCAGCAGCAGCGGAAGCAGCGGCUCGAGCGGCUCUUCUUCCGGUGCCAGCUCUCUCAACACCAUCGUCGGUCUUUGCACUGCUUCGGCUGCUGCAUUCUUGGCCGGCGCUGUCCUCCUCGUGCUCUAA